CUUCCCUUGAGCUCAUGGAAAACUCUCCAUGUGGGCCGCCCAAAACUCUCCUUUGACCUUCCAAAGCAAAGCAGCUAUGCCAUUGCCACCCUAGAAAGAAAAUAUAAAUGCCUGAAACAGAGAGUUCUUGUGUUCUUGAAGAGCCACGCCAGGUGGUUAGGAAGUUCUUGGCUCGGCCUCAACAUGAAGGAGUUGGAGCCAUUGUUAGAAGGAGCAUAGGAAGGUUUGAAUUGAAGUACUUUGAUCCUUUUCUUGUUUUGGAUGAGUUCUCUGUUACUGCCCCAGCUGGUUUCCCUGAUCAUCCACACAGAGGAUUCGAGACAGUUACCUACAUGUUGCAGGGAUCUGUGACACAUGAAGAUUUUGAAGGACACAAGGGGACAAUAGGUCCUGGUGACUUACAAUGGAUGACUGCUGGAAGAGGCAUUGUUCACUCUGAGAUGCCUGCAGCUCAAGGAACCCAGAAAGGCCUGCAACUGUGGAUCAACCUCUCCUCAAAACACAAGAUGAUUGAGCCUAGAUAUCAAGAAAUAAGCAGCAAGGACAUAGCAGAAGCAUCAGAAGAUGGGGUUAAGGUGAGGGUGAUAGCAGGAGAGGCCUUGGGGACAAAGUCACCAAUCUACACAACGACUCCUACAAUGUACUUAGAUUUCUGUCUGAAACCAGGAGCUCAACUUCAACAACCCAUACCCAUAACUUGGAAUUCUUUUGUCUAUGUGUUGGAAGGUGAAGGCGUGUUUGGGAAUUCAAAAUCUUUGCCAGUUUCAGCUCACCACCUUCUUCUUCUGGGGAAUGGAGAUGGGUUGGAAGCAUGGAACAGGUCUUCUAAAACCCUAAGGUUUAUUUUGGUUGGAGGAGAACCAAUUGGUGAGCCUUUAGCACAGUGGGGGCCAUUUGUGAUGAACACUCAAGAAGAGAUUGAUCAAACAAUUAGUGAUUUUGAGAAUUUUGUUAAUGGGUUUGAGAAAGCAAGGUAUUGGAGAUCUGAAGCUGCCAAUAGCCUUGGUUUUUAGAUUUUAAAUUAUAGUUAUUUGAUUAUGAAUUUUAUUGAUCGGUUUUGAGAUGGAAAGAAAAAUAAAUAUUUUAUCCAUCUCAAAAGUUUGUACAUUAAUUAGUUUUUAUAAUUUAUUUAAAAAAUAAAAUUUAUGAAUAUUGACAUGGAAAUAGAAAUACUGCCACCUUGA